AUGGCACCUUCGCUGGGGAUCAGUGAUAUAGGACUCAAGGAUAAAAGAGACUCUUCUCGCUAUGUGGUGGUAUUCCAGUAUGGUUCUGCAGUAUUAUUUAACAUUGCAGAUCAUGAAGCUGAAGAGUAUCUUGAUGUAGUUAGAAAGCAUGCUUCUGGAUUGCUUCCAGAGAUGAGAAAGGAUGAUUAUGCUGUAGUUGAAAAGCCCAUGUUGAUGACAUGGAUGCAAGGAGGCGCUGACUAUAUUGUUCUCAAGAAUUUGGAUAUAGAUGGCAUACGCAUCAUUGGUAGUGUACUUGGCCAAAGUAUUGCCCUUGAUCAUUAUAUAAGACAGGUCGAUGAUAUUGUUGAAGAAUUUACCGACAUAAAUCGUGGUAUGGAGAAGACGGGGACUUUUACCAUGCAAAGGAAGAAGUUAUUCCAACUUGUGGGAAAGGCCAACUCAAAUCUUGCUGAUGUAAUCAUAAAACUUGGACUUUUUGAUAGAUCUGAAAUUGCAUGGAGGAAUGCUAACUAUGCCCAGAUAUUGGAGUAUCUACGUGAAGAAUAUGAACUCACACAACGCUUUGGAAGCCUGGACUUCAAGUUAAAAUUUGUGGAGCAUAACAUUCAUUUCCUUCAAGAAGUGCUCCAAAACAGAAGAUCCGAUCUCUUGGAAUGGGGUGUUAUUAUCCUGUUGACCAUCGAAAACAUUAUUUCGAUGUAUGAAAUCCUCAACCCUUCUUGAGAACAUUUAUGGCCAACUUCAUCAGCCAUGGUUGGUAAUAAGUUUCGCCAUGAUUCUUCUGAGCUUGAUUCUUCUAAGCUUGGUGCUCUUAAACUUCUUAUUGUGCCAAUAAUCUCAUCCGAACUUGUAUUCUGGAAAUGCCUCAGUUUUUUUAUCUCUACAUGCUUUGAUCCCGAAGUUUCACAUUUUUUUUACUCAUUCCUGAUGAUUUCAACGCAACUUAGAUGGAGGGUUCUUAUUAUGGUCCUAGUUUGUAAAUCCUCUAUUCUUUGCUCAGUCUUUGAACUCUCUUUUGCAUCAUCACGUGCUUUGUGCCUGAAGUGAUCAUGAUUUCAGGUAAGCUUUCAUUUCCUAAUGAUCUCUAUGCUGAUUUACAUAGAAAUAGAAAUCUUCACACCUCUUAUCCAAAGUCUUGAAGACCUUUUUUUCCUACAUUAAUGAGGAUCAAACAUAUUUCUUCUGAAUUAUUCAAGGUGUUCUGACAUACACUUGUUUUCCAUCAUAUCCAGCACUGGGCUCUAAUUUUCUUCCAGUGUCUCUUUUUCCCCUUUUAUUUUAUUAAGGAAAUAAUUGUUGUUGCUCUUUGUAGACCCAUGUAUACAAACAGAAAAUUAGAAACGAGUUUACUGAACAAUUCGCAGUAUUAAACUGAAUUUGUAUACAGAAUUAGAAAUGAGCUUACUGAACGAUUCACAGUAUUAAACUGAAAGUUGCCAAAUUGUUUUGAUAA